CCUGAAGAUCGGACCAAACAUCAAGCACCAUGGUGGCUAGAACUGCCCACACACCACCUGAUUCAUCAUGGCCACGCCCACGGGGACUCUCGCUUCCACCAGGCCUACGUCGGUCCACACAUUCAAACCACUCGUACACAUACACACACGGUCGCUUUUGCUCACAACGAAGCCUACGACUCCUGAAAUAUACCCUUCGACCUCAUCGUCGCUUCCUGCUACCAUUGAAACUCCCAAGAGGCAGAGACCAAGCCUCCACAUGUUGCCCUGACACGCACACACCUCAAGUCUAGUCCAGCACAUACCAUCACACGCAAACCAACCCAUCAAUCCGUCCUGGAGUCGACGCCAGUCGCACCCACCAAACCUAUCUUACCAUGUCGCACAAUGCCUGAGACGAAGUUGCUUCAAACCUCUCCAAAGCGGACAUUUUCGGCAAUUUCCUCAAGCUCCCGUCGCAGUCACCCCUCAGAGUCCAAAUCACUUCCGCGAAGUAAAAGAGUCAAGAUUCAGAAUAGCCCGGAAAACACACAGACGACAAGUCCAGAGACUGCUGACGAUUCUGUCGUCCCGAUCCCCUCCUUGACCUCGAUUAUUCCCCAAGAGAAAAGCCAGGAAUCCAGUAGCGAUCAAAGCGCAUCUCGAUGGUUCGAUAAGGCCAAUGAGAAUGUCGGACAGGCCGGCAAACGUUCAUCUAAACACGAAGAUGAGUCCCCCUUCUUCCUUACCCGAGAAUCUACCGUCAAGUCGCACCCGCCCGUACGUUCCAUCAAUGCCGAAAGCUUUGGUCACCGUCAUCGACUCGACGAUGAAAACGACGACCUUCGCGACGUCAUCGAUGAUUUGACAAUCGAGAAUAAAAAGCUGAAAUACCUCGUGAGGAGUUUGCAAUCUCGAUCCGCAAACACCUCGCCCAGCAAGGACAAAGUACUUGAGAUCCGGAUGCAUGGUCUGCCAACAGGAAAAAAGCGAGAAUUGGAACAUUUGUUGAAGACAUUUACAUUAGGUUUAGGUGAUGACUCGCCUUCUCAGCCAACGAGCUCCACGGCGCUUUACGCCAACCCAACGUCGCCUGGCCGGGGAAGUUCCAAACGCCGCACGUUGGUGCCACCGCAGGAUGCCAGCGCAGAGGACUCAGGAUAUGCGUCGAUAUCCGCAUCAGGGGGAAACUCAAAUUCUCAGCUAGCCUCUUCAACGCCUCGAGAGCGGAUACAACACAGUAAGCAGGACAAGGAGAUUAAGGAUUACUUGCACGACAUCCCCAGUUUUUUGCUUCCGCACGAACCCUUGACGAUUAGCGAGAACGCCAAAAUGGUCCUAGUCGUCCAAAAGUUGGAGCAACUAUUCACCGGGAAGCUGGCGACGCCUGGCGAACACAGCCAGCCGAUACAGCAACAAAAGAUAUCCCAUUCCGCGGCCAGACAGGACAGACGAGAGGACAUGAAACAUAAUCGAACCACCAAGACGGAAGGCUCAAGAGAGGCCCAGAUGCUACCGCAGGACAGCAAAUUGAACCUUGACCAAGUCGACGCCGAUCAGGCCCAAGCAAACAAGACUAUGGAUGAUUCGUCAGAGACCACUCCGGAUCAUCUGGACCAGAGACCUACUCGGCCCUUGGAUCUCGACAUUCACCGUGCUCAGGUUGCUGAAGAGAAUGUUCGCUAUAUGCAUCAUCUAGGCCUAUUUCCCCCUGACUCUAACCAGUCUAGCAAAAGCCAACCAUGGAUAUACCUCAAUCUCUUGAUCAGUAUGGCGCAGCUGCACACGCUGAAUGUCACGCCGUCUUUUGUUCGAAGGGCCAUCAAGGAACACAGCAACAAGUUCGAACUUUCAAAGGACCAACAUAAAGUUCGAUUUAAGGGGGGCACGGAGACACCCGCGUGGUGCCGCCUCUUGGAACAUGCCGACGGUUCCAUCGGGCAAUCAUCUGAAGAUGGUAUCGAUGAAACUGGCCGACGAAGUGGGAGAAGUGCUACAAGUACUGGAAACGACCUCACACCCUCCAUGUCAACAUCAGAGGGGCGGCAGGGCACAAACACUACACAGCAAGUGCCCAAGUCAACAUCAGCUUCAACCAACAUAGAGACAGCGCAGACGUCCGGAAAGUCUAAGUCGUCGUCGUUCGACUACAAGCCGAUCGUGUAUCAAAGACAAGGACCUUUUUCCCAGCCAUCGUACCUCGACUCAGGAUCGUCAGGGAGUAUAUCUCCUGAAUCCAGCGAUGCGCAGCAGGCCAAGAAUUGGUCACAUCUCAAGCACAAGCAUAAGAAUAACCUCGCCUCUCGAGAAGGGCUCGUCACGUUCUACAGCAACCCUUAUUACUGUGUCGACCUGAGUGGUGAUCAGUCUUUCGCAGACAUUCACCCUGUCGAGGUCGAUUCACGAAAAAUUAUCGGCGUCUCAGAACCCGUCGACUUGCAAGAGUUUCAACGAGAUCUCAAUGCCUGCUAUUUCUUCCGCCAAAGUAAAGACAUUGAACCUGAAUGGGGAAGCGAUUGUGACGAUCUCGAAUUAUCUCUCGAUCCAAUCACAUUUUCUGGGGAAGACGAAACGCAGCCAAUCGAGCUACCUGCAUCUGGAAUUGGAGGAGUCUGUCCUGCGGAGAAUUUUGCCGUUGAUGUCAAAGUGAUACGAUCGGCAAUCACCAAGCCUAAUCCUGCGACCAAAGAGACUCCAGUGGUCACACGAACAGGCGGGCUUCGACCGCAACAACCCAUUUUUGACUAUGAGGUCGACUCAUGUGUCCAAUUGGCGUUACAACCAUCGAAACUCCCUCCACCAAGCUACGGAUUCUUUACAUCAAGCUCUGACGCCAGCGGAAUGAGUUGGCGCAACAGCGGAGAUAGCGGCGACAGCAGUGACAGUGAAUCGACAUCGCCAGAUGAGUCGCCCAUCCCAGCAGACCUCUUGUGGCAGUGGACGUCCAGUUCAACUGACAAAGAGGGGGUUGAUCAGGAUGAAUCUGACGCGAGUCUUUCUCUGCAAGACUUUCAAGCCGCCCGAAUCAGAUUAGAUGAUCCGUCUGGAGAGGCAGCUCAUCAUCAUCCUGAAUAUUCUGUUACACAAACUAGCCGUGCAGUCAGCGGAAGUCUGGCAGCAACGGUUGGUGCAAGUUGGAGUGCUGCAUCGGUAGCAGAUCCUGAGGACGAAGAAUGAUUAUCAUAUUUGGAUGCAUGACGGUGUGAUAUUGGGAGCAUGCGUGCAGUUAUGAAUUGAGAUUGGGAAUUAUAUGUAUCAUGUAUUCCUAUGGCCUUUUUUUAUGAGCCUAGAGAUUUCCAUGCAUUGGAAACAAUAAUAUUGGCAUUCACGCCAAUCUUUGAUGAAUAGUCAAAAGUGGAGUAGCCCUCACUGGUCGUUAAACUAAACAACCUACUCCG